AUGGGAAAGAAACGCAUCAAAGGCAAAACUGCACAAUCUGAUGGGUCUCCAGAUACACUGGAACCUGUGUGCAAGCAUAUUCGUAAAGGAUUGGAACAAGGUCAUCUGAAAAAGGCACUGCUGAACGUGGAGUGGCAUGUUUGUCAGGACUGCAAGGCAGACAAUAAGACACAGGAGAAGUCUGAGGAGGAGACUGAUGAAAGCCCUUCGAUAUGGUUAUGUCUAAAAUGUGGCCACAGGGGCUGUGGCAGAAAUUCUCCAGAACAGCAUGCUUUAAAGCAUUAUACAACGCCGAGAUCAGAUCCCCAUUGUUUGGUUCUCAGUUUGGACAACUGGAGUGUGUGGUGCUACAUAUGCGAUGAUGAAGUCCCAUAUAAUACUUCAACCCGAUUGGGUCAGACUGUGGAUUAUGUUAGGAAACAAGUUUGUACUGACUCAUCACGUACAAUAGAAAGAAAACAAGAGAACAAAGAAUUUGAAAAUAAAAAAGUAGAAAAAGACAGCAAAAAUGAGCAAGAAAAAGAAGUCUCACUUAAAGAAGAGAGUUCUCAUUCAAGUACUAACUCGGAAGUGACUGUGAAAGGACUUAGUAACUUGGGGAAUACGUGUUUCUUUAAUGCAGUGAUGCAGAAUUUAUCACAAACUCCAGUACUGAGGGAGCUGCUUAAAGAAGCUAAAAUGCCUGGCACAACAGUUAAAAUUGAGUCACCUGAGUUAUCCAUGGAACCUCAGCUGAUAAAACUAGAUCAGCCAGGUCCUUUGACAUUAGCCCUGUAUCAGUUCCUGACAGAAAUGCAAGAGACAAAAAAAGGGGUAGUCACUCCUAAGGAACUUUUUGCUCAGGUUUGUAAAAAAGCAAUACGAUUUAAAGGUUAUCAGCAGCAAGACAGUCAUGAAUUGCUUCGUUACUUACUUGAUGGAAUGAGAGCAGAAGAAAUCCAACAAAUAACUGUUGGAAUACUGAAGGCGCUGACUGACUCUAACGAACAAAAUGAAGAAGAACUUAAAAAGAAAAUUAAAGAAUAUGAAAAGAAAAAGGGAAUACAAAGUUUUGUAGAUCGAAUCUUUGGUGGAGAAUUAACCAGUACAAUCAUGUGUGAGGAAUGCAGAACCGUAUCCUUGGUCCAUGAGUCUUUCCUUGAUUUGUCGCUUCCCGUGCUAGAUGAUCAGGUAGGAAAUUUAAAAACUACAAAUGAGAGAAACGUUAAAAAAAACAAAGAAAAGGAAUCUGAAGAUGAAGAGGAUAAAAACAAUGACUGUUAUCUUAAGCAGAGAGAUGAGCCCCCUGGUACAAGUAAGCACCUUCAGAAAAAGGCUAAGAAGCAGGCAAAAAAACAAGCCAAGAGCCAGCGCCGCCAGCAAAAACUUCAAGGAAAGGUGCUUCACUUGACAAAUAUCUGUGCAACUGGACAGUCAGAAAAAGAUGUCGAGUAUAACCAAGAAUCAGAGACAGAAAUUAACUCUGAAAGUCCUGAUAUGAAGCAAGAAGAGGAAUUAUCAAAUGAUUGCCAAGAUCACUGCUUAGCUCAAAAAGACUUGAGUGUACAGGGAAAUAGUACAGAAGUUCAGAGCAUGCAUGAAAAUAUAGGAGAGCGGGAACAAGAAUGUGUAGAAAAUGAAUGUCUCAUGGAUCUCCCUAUGGAAGGCUUAGAUUCUCCUACAAAGUUUGUCAAUGGCCUUGACAACUUAUCUUUGAAAGAUGAGGAUGAUGAAAAUGAAGAUGAAGAAGAGCUUGCUAUCAACUUUUCAAAACUACAUGUGGGUGCCAAUGCUGAAUCUGAUACGGGUACCUUAGGUGACCUUCAAACUGUUCCCAUCAAGACGUGUGAAGUAUCGACUGAGGAUCCAGAAACAGCAUUUUGUACUCUUGCAAACAGGGAAGAUCUGAACCCAGAAGAAGGUUCAAUCCAUCACUGUUUGUAUCAAUUUACCCAUAAUGAAAAACUUACCGAGACCAAUAAACUACUCUGUGAUGUAUGUACACAAAGACAUAAUGGACCAAAGAAGGACAUAAAAAGUGAAAAGAACUAUGUUUAUACUAAUGCCAAAAAGCAGAUGCUAAUCUCUCUUGCUCCUCCAAUUUUAACUCUUCACUUAAAGAGGUUUCAACAGGCUGGAUUUAAUCUACGGAAGGUUAACAGGCAUAUCAAAUUUCCAGAAGUGAUAGACUUGGCUCCUUUCUGUACAGCUAAAUGUAAAAACGUGGCUGAAGGGAAUACAAAAGUACUGUACUCUCUCUACGGUGUUGUUGAACAUAGUGGAACAAUGAGGUCUGGGCACUACACUGCUUAUGCUAAAAUGAGAAGUAUGAACAACCGUCUCUCUGAUCUUGUCCUUCGAGGACAAUCUCCUCAAGCUUUAGAAACUGAACCAGUAAAAGGACAGUGGUUCCACAUCAGCGAUACCCAUGUACAAGCUGUGUCUGCAGCAAAAGUGCUGAGCUCGCAAGCCUAUCUCCUCUUCUAUGAGCGACUGCUGUAGUGCCUCUGAGAAGCCUUCCUGUGUGUGCAGCCAUCUUCAGGUGGUCUGAAAGAAGGCAGAGACCUGCAAAUCAUGUUGUUAACAUGUUGGAGCUACUGUAUACAACUGCAGGAAUAUACUUUAUGCUUCUUAGGCACACUGACAAGUGGUUAACUUAUACUUUUUCCAG